AUCUAAUUGAUGGAAUUCCUUCUGUUUUCUUUAUCCAGGAAUCUCAGAGGUUGAUGAUUAGGCCAUAAUGACAGCUGAAGAUUCUACAGCGAGGAUGGAUAAUGAUUCCUCCAGCAUGCAGACAAAUAAAAUUCCCGAAGGGCUCUCGGGCGUGCCAAACGAGGCCGCGCUAUUGCAAUUGUUAGAUCGCACCGGUUACACCAUGAUUCAGGAGAAUGGGCAACGAAAGUAUGGAGGUCCACCCCCUGGCUGGGAAGGCUUACACCCUCCCCGGGGCUGCGAGGUCUUUGUGGGCAAAAUUCCUCGGGACGUCUACGAGGACGAGCUGGUCCCCGUCUUUGAGACCGCGGGACGGAUCUACGAAAUGCGGCUGAUGAUGGAUUUUGACGGUAAGAACCGCGGCUACGCCUUCGUGAUGUACACUCAGAAAUACGAAGCCAAGCGUGCAGUCAAAGAACUCAACAACUAUGAGAUCCGUCCGGGACGACUGUUAGGGGUGUGUUGCAGCGUGGACAACUGCCGGCUCUUCAUCGGUGGGAUCCCCAAGACGAAGAAGAGGGAGGAGAUCCUGGACGAGAUCUCCAAGGUGACGGAAGGCGUGCUGGACGUCAUCGUCUACGCCAGCGCGGCCGACAAGUUGAAAAACCGAGGCUUCGCUUUCGUGGAGUACGAAAGCCACCGAGCGGCCGCCAUGGCGAGAAGGAAGCUGAUGCCUGGACGGAUCCAGCUGUGGGGGCACCAGAUCGCUGUCGAUUGGGCCGAGCCGGAAAUCGAUGUGGACGAAGACGUCAUGGAGACGGUGAAAAUCUUGUACGUGAGGAAUUUGAUGAUCGAGACCACGGAGGAGACCAUUAAGAAGGUCUUUGGUCAGUUUAACCCCAGCAGCAUAGAACGGGUGAAGAAAAUCCGAGAUUACGCUUUCGUGCACUUUACCAGCCGCGAAGACGCGGUUCAUGCCAUGAAUAACCUCAACGGCACCGAACUGGAAGGGUCGUGUCUGGAGGUCACCUUGGCCAAGCCGGUAGACAAAGAGCAGUAUACCCGAUACCAGAAAGCCGCCAAGGGAGGAGGAGGAGGAGGAGGAGCAACAGCCGCCGAAGUGACUCAGCAACCUAACUAUGUUUACUCUUGCGAUCCGUACACGCUCGCCUAUUACGGGUACCCGUACAAUGCCCUGAUUGGUCCAAAUCGAGAAUAUUUUGUGAAAGGUGAGUGUAUAAAUUUUGGCACAGCUCCCGGAGGGAUUAGAGUUACGUCCCCCAAAAACAAAAGGGGAUUAUUUUUUUAGUGUAUUUAUUUUACGACGGAGGCCUAUGUAUCUUAAGUGGCUUUCUUCGCUUUAAUGCAUUCCAGAUGUGCUGGGCAUAUACAGUUCCUAGAAAUCAUAAACCCCGUGGUCAAGACGGUUGCCCCAGAUCGGGGAAGGUGGAUCUUUGACCUUGUUUAAGUUGCGAACAACGUUUUUCAUGCUAAAAAUAUUUCAACUUCUCGGCUCGAGUGUAGCUCAGUUGUGAUUAAAAGGUCAAUACACAACACAAAUGGAAAAAGAAAAGAGAUUUUUUUUCGGGCAGUAACCCACCCCUGCUCAUAAGUCACUUUUUUCAAGGUCGUUGUAACUUGAAACAGUCACUAAGUGAACUGUUUUAAGUCGAGAACUACCUGUAGCGCUGAAAAGCAAAUGGGGACCUUUGUGAAUUUUUUUUAAUAACCAGAAGUAGGCUUACUUUUAAUUCUACUCUCUGUUAAUGAAGUCCAUUUUUUUUUAAAGAUGCUGCAGUUUUGUGACCUUAAAGGAUAGGAGAAUAUUUAUCCAUUUGCCAGAAAAUGUAUAAGAAAAAUGGAGGAAAUAAUGAUUAAGCGACAUGCAGCAGCUGAAUAGUAUAGAAACAAGCCACCUUAAAUUUUAAUUUCAGCUACGUUGAUCACACCGUAUUAGCUAAUCUUUCUAGAUAAUAAAAUAAUAAAAAGUCAGUUCAAUGGCCACCAAGCAACCUUUGACAACUGAUCCAGGGAAAUUAACAAUCUCUCUCUCUCUCUUUCUCUCUCUCUCUCUCUCUCUUUUUUUUUUGCUUUUCGUGUAAACGAUAUCCAAAGUUC